AUGGUGAACAAUAGAGUGAAAGGAAUGAUAGCAGAUGGAGAUCGUGGGCAAGGGAAGCUGUGUGACUGGAAAGCCUCAGAAGAGCAGGCAGAUAUUUGUGACGGAAAAUGCAAUGUAAAAGGGUGGAAAAUCUCACUUAGGAACAAGUUUAGUGAUUCAAGACCUGGAGAAAUUAUAGAAUCCCGGGAGGACUUUUGGAUGAUUCAUCUCUUCAUCUCUUCAUACUCUUGUAUUCUGAUUGUGUACAGACAUGAAAAUUUAAUUACAGAUUUCAGAUUGCUAGCUAUAGUGUUUGGUGCCAAAGUUCUGGAACAUGUCCUCAAUCUGUGCCGAGGUAACUAUGACUUCCUGAAACGCCUUCCUGUCCCAUUGCUCCUGUACAUCAUUUCCUUUCUGGAGCUUGAAGAUAUUGCCAGGCUUUCUCAAGUUUCAAGCAGAUUUGAAAUGAUUUGUAACAGUAAUGUGCUCUGGGAAGAUACUGUGGGGAACUUGUGUAGCACAAUUACACCUGAAAUGAAAGAACUUGCACAGGAAAUGGCCUGGAAUCGAUUCUACAGUCUUCAGCUACAGCUGCAGGUUUGAAGGAGGAGGCAGAAACAAAACAGAACAAAAACUGAGUAA